AAAACUGCAUAUAACUGUGUGAAUAUGCAACUGUAGGAAAUCCUGGUCCCUAUUCUAGGGUUUAAGAUUCUAGAUUUCAAGACUCAAAAAGAUCAGUCGAAGUUCAAAGAAGCAUUAUUUCCGUAUUGCUGUUUGAAAGAAAGAUAGCAUUUUCACCGGGUUUUAGGGUUCAUAAUCUUAUUUGAGUCAUAUUUCAGCAACAAUGUAUCUUCAGUUUUACAUAAAUGAUAAUGGUGAUAAAGUUUACACUACCAAGAAGGAAUCACCACUGGGUUUGGCAACAGAGUCGGCUCACCCAGCACGCUUUUCACCUGACGAUAAAUUCUCAAGACAAAGGAUUCUUCUGAAGAAGCGGUUCGGUCUUUUGCCAACUCAGAAGCCACCUAGGAAGUACUGAGAUAAUUCUACUUCAUCUUUUGGAGAUUGUUUCAUUUGGUAUUUAUAUUUAUGCUUUCCUUCUUCCUUGCUUUAUUUUUGUUCCUUGAUGACAUGUAUGAAAAUUAUGUAAUGGUGCAAAUAUUGGUAAUGGGUUAAAUGACUAGACACAAACACUUGGAAUUGAAUUUUA